UCACUUUCAUUAACUUUUUUUUUUUCCCGACUUUCGGCUUCCGCAAGCCAUUAUUUGAAGUGUCCACCAGUAGCUCAAAAUAUCAGACUGAUCUCUCUGCACCUACCAUCUAAAGCUUUCGCAUGUUUUCCUUACCUCACUUUCCAUCUCUUUUUAUUUGAUACAGCUGUCUCAUCUCAGGCGUGUACCACGCCAUGAAGAACCUCGCUCCCGAUCCAUCUGUGGCUCUUCCUGAAGUCGAAACUCAUGAACCAAUUUCUUCAUUCAAUUCAGGAUUGACGACUCCUUGGAUUUUCCUCCAACCCACGACGGAGUUGAAAACUACUAUCACCGGCUCUGUGAAGUACUAUUUAGAUUCGUUAGCCUCGUCGGUCGGCGAUUCCCAAUGUGCGCGCCAACGCAGGAAUAGAAAGCGCAAAAGAUCCGAAGCUGAGGAAGAUUCUACAAACCAGGUCCUACAGCUCAAGCAACUCUAUGUCGACGGCUUCACUUCUGACCAGAUAUGGCAACAAGCCUUGAGAAUUCUUGAUUCUUCCGGUGGUGAAAUCGAGCGGGAUUUUACUUGGUGGUCUGCAGUGGCCAAGCCACACGAGCGGUCCCUGACCUCAACUUAUAAUGUGGCACUUGACGACACCGACUUCGAGGGCAGCAACGUGGACUCUCAGUCAGAGGCCGAUCUCACCCAAUCGAGUAUCGAUAAUGACGAGGACGACCUUAGUUCAGUACACGCUCACUCUCAAACCUCCCACAAUGAUUCGGACGUCGAAGAAGACAUUGAGAAAUUAUCCGACAACAAUCUCGGAAGCGAUAUCGACGACGGUGAACAAGAAACGUAUGUGGAGGAUCCUUUUGGCCUGAAUGAUGGGUUCUUUUCGAUAGAUGAUUUCAACAAGCAAUCGGAACUACUCGAAAGACAGGACGUUAGUGGCGGCCCAGGCAACGAUUCUGAGAGCGAGGAUGAUGAAAUCGAUUGGCACGCAAAUCCUUUGACUACAGCAGGGUCAAUGUCUCUACCGAAGAGAGACAUGCCACAGGAGCACUCUGACGGGAAUGAUGGCGAUGAUAUUUCCGACAGCGAAGAGGAAGGACCAACAUUUGGUGAUGCAGGCUUUGAGGACGAUUCCGAUAUGGACGCAGAUGAUGUCUAUGCGGCAAAUUCUGGAGGCGAAGGUUGGAUGAACACCAGCGACAUAAAGUAUUCUGACUUCUUCGCUCCACCUCCACGUAAAGUUACACGCAAAAAGACUCGCUCCCUUCCUAAAACUCAGCCCGACCUUUCCAUUACCAACGACGACGUUGAUCGUGCCAUGGCUGAUGUUCGCCGUGAUCUUUUUGAAGAUGAGCUUUCCGGUGAAGAUAGUGAUGAACACGAAGUAACGCGGGGAUCUCAGAACAAUUCCUCUAGUCAUGAAAAACAGCGUGCUCGCAUUGCUGAUGAGAUUCGCCGCUUGGAGGCUGCCAACGUUGCCAAGAAGGAUUGGAUGCUAGCUGGUGAAGCCAGGGCUGUCGAAAGGCCUGUAAACUCACUUAUUGAGGAAGACCUGGAUUUCGAAAGGAUCGGAAAGCCCGUGCCAGUCGUUACGGCAGAGUUGUCAGAGGAUAUUGAAGAGCUUGUCAAGCGUCGCAUCCUUGCCAAACAAUUUGACGAAGUAAUACGUCGGCGCCCUGGUGUUUCCGACGCUCAGCGCGCGCGGGGAGUUCGUCCUGAACUGGAAGACACCAAACCCCAGCAAAGCCUUGCUGAAUUAUAUGAGGCUGACCAUCUUCGUGCUACCGAUCCAAACUUCGUUGACCCUAAAAAUCAGAAGUUGAUCCGUGAGCAUGCUACUGUAACAAGUUUAUGGAAAGAGAUCAGCUCUCAACUAGACACGCUCUCGAACUGGCAUUACAAGCCCAAGGCUCCGCAGGCAAGCAUCAAUGUUGUCACCGAUGUGGCAACAAUUACUAUGGAGGAUGCUCAGCCGACAGCUAGCAACGCUGUAACUGCGACAGCAACCCUCGCGCCGCAGGAGAUCUACGCACCUGGUGACGAUAACAAGGUCGCUGGUGAAAUGAUCUUGAAGAAUGGAACGGCAAUCGCCAAAGAGGAGAUGACCAGGGAACAAAAGGCUAGGUUGCGUCGAGAGCACAAAAAGCAAAACGCCAGCACCGCAAAAUCUCAGAAGACAGGGAAAGCGGCUGAAAAUCAGCAGCUCAUUUCGGACUUGAAGAAGGGUGGAGUCAAAUUGAUUGGGAAGCAGGGCGAAGUGACAAAUAUCAAUGGCGGUAAAAAUAAAGAAGCCGUGAAGGAAGGUGGCCAUGUGCUCAAGCUUUAGAUUUCAGGGCGGUUACAAAUUGUAUCUAUGUACCAAAGACAAGCGUAUUUCGAUAUAU